CAUCAAAAUUCAAAACCAACACCAUGGAUAAGACAGCGACAUUGUGUCUCUUGUUCUUGUUCACAUUCCUCACGACCUGUUUGUCUAAAGAUCUCUGUAACCAAAAUGACAAAAACACCCUCCUCAAGAUCAAGAAAUCUCUAAACAACCCUUAUCACCUCGCUUCAUGGGACCCUCAAACCGACUGUUGCUCCUGGUACUGCCUUGAGUGCGGCGACGCCACCGUUAACCACCGUGUUACCGCCUUAACCAUAUUCUCCGGCCAGAUCUCCGGUCAGAUCCCGGCUGAAGUCGGUGACUUGCCGUAUCUUGAGACCCUUGUCUUCCGCAAACUCUCUAACCUCACCGGUACAAUCCAACCCACCAUCGCCAAACUCAAGAACCUCCGAAUGCUCAGGCUCAGCUGGACGAAUCUGACAGGUCCAAUUCCUGACUUUAUAAGUCAGCUCAAGAAUCUCGAGUUCUUAGAACUUUCCUUCAAUGAUCUCUCUGGUUCCAUUCCAAGUUCUCUCUCUACGUUACCUAAAAUCUUGGCUCUUGAACUUAGCAGGAACAAACUUACAGGUUCCAUACCAGAGUCAUUUGGGUCGUUUCCAGGAACAGUCCCUGACCUUCGCCUAUCACAUAACCAGCUCUCCGGUCCAAUACCCAAAUCAUUAGGCAACAUCGACUUUAACCGGAUCGAUUUAUCCCGCAACAAGCUCCAAGGUGAUGCUUCGAUGUUGUUUGGUUCCAACAAAACAACCUGGUCUAUUGACUUAUCAAGAAACAUGUUCCAGUUCGAUAUCUCAAAGGUUGAUAUCCCUAAAACACUUGGUAUCUUGGACUUGAACCACAAUGGGAUCACUGGGAAUAUUCCGGUGCAGUGGACUGAAGCUCCUCUUCAGUUCUUCAAUGUUAGCUACAACAAACUGUGUGGACACAUCCCAACUGGAGGGAAACUUCAGACAUUUGAUUCUUAUUCCUAUUUUCACAACAAGUGUUUGUGUGGUGCUCCUCUUGAAAUUUGCAAGUAAACCAAGCUUAUCUCUAGGAUUACGAAAAAAUAUAUUUGAGUCAAUAAUAUAGACAAAUAUGUAAUGUUAUUCGGAUUGAUUAAUAAAACAUGAACCAAACCUCUCAUUUGAUGUAUUCAUAGCACAUUUUCAAAAUGUUUUAUUUGAUGGAUU